AACUUAAGAACAGAGACCAGGGGAAAUAGUCUACAAAUAAUAUGCAAAACUCUGCUCUGAAAUCUUCGACACUUCGCAGAACAAGGAGAAAUGUGUUUUAUUUAAAACAGUGCUUGACUUGGAUUUUGGAUAAAGACGUACGCAGGCAUUGCUUAGCCAGCUAAAUCAACUGUCAAAAGUUCAGACAUUGUAAAAAGUACGAGAAGUCGUUUGCCACAAAAGUCUUCUGGUAGAACUCUGGUAGAAACGUUAAACUGUCAUCCAACAGAAGACUGUCUAUGUUUGUUACUGCAUAUUAUAUGUCUAUUGAUAUAUCGCAACUUAUCUAGAUUUUUAAACAGGUAAUUAACAUUGGAUUAUGGACAAGCCACAGAUAAUCGUUCACAUUCAGAAAGGACUAAAUUAUACGCUGUUUGAUUGUAAAUGGAUACCGUGCAGCGCCAGGUUUGUUUGCAUGGGAAACUUCGCACGGGGCACUGGUGUGAUGCAGGUCUACGAAGUGCAGCAUGGAGAACUCCAGAUGGUUAAAGAGAUAGAAAAGGCAAAACCCAUCAAAUGUGGAACCUUUGGCGCCACCUCUCUGCAGCAGAGACAUAUAGCUACAGGAGACUUUGACGGAAACCUUCACACGUGGAAUCUAGAAGCUCCAGACUGUCCUGUAUACUCUGUCAAAGCUCACAAGGAAAUAAUAAACUGCAUAGAUGGUGUAGCAGGGUUAGGAAUUGGUGAAGGAGCUCCUGAAAUUGUGACAGGGAGCAGAGAUGGGACAGUGAAGGUAUGGGAUCCAAGACAAAAAGAUGUUCCUGUGGCAAAUAUGGAGCCUGCAGAAGGAGAAACUAAACGGGAUUGUUGGACAGUGGCAUUUGGUGAGUUGCUGAGAAAUGAGAAGAGGGUUGGAUGCUCAGGUCAUGAUCAUGGGGUUAUAAAGAUACUACCAUAUAGGCAUAUGGCACUUCAUUGGCCAACUUCCAUCUUAAACUGCGUUUGUUGGGUAGAAUUUGAUAGGAAAGAUAUCAAUAUGAAUAAAUUGGUUGCCACUUCCUUAGAAGGCAAAUUUCAUGUUUUUGACAUGAGGACGCAACAUCCAACCAAGGGCUUUGCAUCUGUUUCUGAAAAGGCACACAAGUCUACAGUAUGGCAAGCACGGCACCUUCCACAGAACAGAGACAUCUUCAUGACAACUGGUGGUGGUGGAAACCUUCAUCUGUGGAAAUAG